GCCGGUACUGCAUCGGCGGGAGUUUGAGGAGCUAGAUAGUCGAAGAAGGUGUCAAUCUCAUCAUCCACCCAACACACCAAGGCAAACAUUCCAGGUAGCCAGCUAACGCUAUCCAGCAGGUGCAGUUAAUUAGCUAUUGUUGCUAGCAGUGCAAUAUUUAUAUCAAGUGGAACUGUAACUAGUUAUAUAAAAAAACAUCGAACUGGCACGAAGCGAAUACAUUUCAGGGUUAGCUAAUUGGUGACUGACGAUUCAUAUCAUGCUUACUAAAUUGCUUGGAUAAUCAGCUAGCAGUCUAAAUCCCUUGACGUCAUACUGACAUGUAGCUUUGGGACAACAUCGGGAGUCUGUAUAGUUGUGCAUCGUGCUGGCGGGUGGCGACGGAAAAUAAUCCUACCACAAUAUAGCCGGCUAAAUCCCAACAAUUGUUUUUCCUGUCAAUAAGAGGAUAUGUAUAAUAUAAUAACUCUACUUACCAGACGUAAAGUGAAAUGUAUCCAUCGCUAUCAAAUAAGCGUCUGAAUCUAACUUGUCGUCACCAUAUUCCCUCCGAGUUAAACUGGGGCUGCGAUUAGACCACGCACUUCACGCGAAACUUCCUAACACUAAAUCUACCACUGUUUACACAGCAGGAAUAUGGUGUGGUUUUGACAAAAGUUGGAUUCAGAAGUUUAUUUCCCGAUGUAUUCCAAAACUAGAUUACAUAAGGCAACUAUUGCCGUUUCAAACCAACUGGGAACUCGGGAAUCUCCCGAAUUCAAAUGCAUUCAAGACAGCUGGAACUCGGAAAAAAAUUAAUAGCUCCAACUGGGAAAAAAAUCGCUUUGAAAGGUCAUCCAAAUCGGAAACUAGGACAUCGUUUUAGUUUUUAAGCUACUUUGACCUGAAAAAUCACUGACUCAUGAUUUGACCCCAUUUUUGGCACCUGUAUUUGGGGAAUUUCUCCCAUUCUUCUCUGCAGAUCCGCUUAUGUUCUGUCAGGUUGGUUUUCUGAGCAAUUUUCAUGUCUCUCCAGAUAUGUUUGAUUGGGUUCAUGUCCAGGCUCUGGCUGGGCCACUUAAGGACAUUCAGAGACUUGUCCUGAAGUCACUCCUGCGUUGUCUUGGUUGUGGACGUAGGGUUGUUGUCCUGUUGGAAGGUGUACCUUCGCCUCCAUCUAAGGUCCUGAACAGGUUUUCAUCAAGGAUCUCUGUACUCUGCUCCGUUCAUCUUUUGCUCCGUUCAUCUUUUGCUCGAUCCUGACUAGUCGCACAGUCCCUGCCGCUGAAAAACCUCCCCACAGCAUGAUGCUGCCACCACCACGCUUCAUCGUAGGGAGGGUGCCAGGUUUCCUCCAGACGUGACGCAUGGCAUUCAGGCCAAAUAAUUUAAUCUUGGCUUCAUCAGAUCAGAGAAUCUUGUUUCUCAUGGUGCGAGAGUCCAUUAAAUGCCUUUUGGCAAACUUCAGGCAGGAAGUCAUGUGCCCUUUACUUAGGAGUGGCUUCCAUCUGGCUACUUUACCAUAAAGUCCUGAUUGGUGGAGUGCAGCAGAGAUGCUUGUCCUUCUGAAAGCUUCUCCCAUCUCCAUAGAGGAACUCAGGAGCUCUGUCAGAAUGACCAUCGGGUUCUUGGUCACCUCCCUGACCAAGGCCCUUCUCUCCCUAUUGCUCAGUUUGGCCGGGUGCCCAGCUCUUGGAAGAGUCUUGGCGGUUCUAAAAUUCUUCCAUUUGAAGAAUAAGGGAGGCCACUGUGUUCUUUGGGACCAUCAAUACUGCAGAUAUGUUUUGUUACCCUUACCUAGAUCUGUGCCUUAACACAAUCAUGUCUCAGAGAUCUACAGACAAUUCCUUCAACCUCAUGAGCAUGCUCUGUCAACUGUGGGAUGUUAUAUAGACAGGUGUGCCUUUCCAAAUCAUGUCCAAUCAAUUGAAUUUACCACGGGUGGACUUCAAUCAAGUUGUAGAAACAUCUCACGGAUGACCAAUGGAAAUAGGAUGCACCAGAGCUCAAUUUCGUGUUUCAUAGAAAAGGGUCUGAGUACUUAUGCAAAUAAGGAUGACCCUAGAGUCAGACCACCUGGACCUAGAUGGCAAGGCCCUCCCGGUGACCCUGGGACUUGGUGGUCACGCCCCUCUGGCAACCCUGGAACCAGGCCCCGCCCCACCGCUGACCCCAGAGCCAGGCUACGCCCCUCCGGUUACCCAAGGGCCAGACCACGCCCAGCCGGUGACCCCAUGGCCAGGUGGCCUCUCAAUGACGAUCCCACGACAAGACCUCAGGUGGAUGACUGCGAGCGGAUGGGGACCCUUUUCGGGCAGCUAAACAAGUGCCUGCGCAGCGCGGGCUUCACCCAGAUGUACUUUGGGGAGAAGGUUGUGGAUCCUGUGAUCAUCAUCUUUUUCUGGGUCCUACUGUGGUUCCUGGGCAUCCAAGCUCUUGGGCUGGUGGGGACUCUGUGCAUUGUCAUCAUCUUCAUCCAGAAGUAACUCGAUCUCCAGCCUGUUUGAUUGGCAGUUGGGAGCUCCGGUGUCUACAAAUAAAAAGGACUUGAACUCCAAAUGAAAGGACUUGAACUCCCUCGCUGUCUGUUCUGUUUGCAUGAAAAGGGCAAUCAGCAGUUACUUCUUACUUUUUUGGACUUGUAUAUUAUUGAUAUGUACCCAUUGAUUCUUGAAGAAUAUUAUGCCUCAUGAGCUUAGUUUAACUGUGGUACCCCAUCAGAACUCAAUAUAAGCUUGUUUUACCCUAAUGUUUGUAAACAAACACUGUAUAGCAUAGAAAAACCUGGUUAAAACUAUAAUUUGAAUAUCAUGGAUGGUCAGUCCUUGCAUCCCUAGCUCUGUCUUUGAAUUUGAGAAUGGUUCAAUUUCUCCAGCCCCAUAUCGCCACUUUAUGCUGAAACAGAGGUGGGGAGCAUACUUUAUUUUUCAGUUGCUGAUUGACACUUUAAAGCUUCCUAGACUCAGUGAGCAUUUGUCAAUACUCGUCUUCUUAGUAGCCAACUACACUUUAUCUGAGGUAAACAUUUAGAGUGCUGGCAGGUGAAAUGGAGGCCUUGCUCUUAACUACAGAUCUCCUGGUUUCAAGCUUUUAAAACUCAAAAUCAGACCACUUUGCACACUAGCUGUGCCCCAAUACUCAAAAGCAAUGUCUCAUUAUCUCCUUACAUGUGUGAGUAUUGAUUUGAAAGAACUGGAUCAGUGAAAGCAAUAUGUCUAAUAGCUUAGUUUUGUAUCGCAUAGUUUAACUGGUAAAUGUCAUUUUCAAGUGUUAUGAAGUUUUUGAUCAUGAGGGAAAGCAAUCAAGGAAAGGAAGUCUAUCAGAACUAUUUGGAUGCAGCCAUUGCUUCAAGUAUACUGAGCAGUUAAAUAUGCAAUCUGUAAGCCUCCCAGGUGGCGCAGCGCCAGCUGUGUCACCAGAGACUCUGGAUUCGCACCCAGGCUCUGCCGUAACCGGCCGCGACCGGGAGGUCCGUGGGGCGACGCACAAUUGGCCUAGCGUCGUCCGGGUUAGGGAGGGCUUGGCCGGUAGGGAUGUCCUUGUCUCAUCGCGCACCAGCGACUCCUGUGGCGGGCCGGGUGCAGUGCGCGCUAACCAAGGUUGCCAGGUGCACGGUGUCCUCCAACACAUUGGUGCGGCUGGCUUCCGGGUUGGAUGCGUGCUGUGUUAAGAAGCAGUGCGGCUUGGUUGGGUAUCGGAGGACGCAUGACUUUCAACCUUUGUCUCUCCCGAGCCCGUACGAGAGUUGUAGCGAUGAGACAAGAUAGUAGCUACUAAAAACAAUUGGAUACCACGAAAUUGGGAAGAAAAAGGGGUAAAAAAAAUUAAAAAUAAAUAUGCAAUCUGUAAGAUGAUAUCUAUAGUGUACAUGGAAUUAUAUUAUGUGGGGAAAAACAAAUAUUUCGUAACAUCAUUAGAACCUGUAGCCUAAAUCAAGGAGCGGCCUGUCAUAUUCCAAGGUGCAUUCCAUGAGAUUUGCACAUACAAGUAGCACUGUAUUUCUAUGAUACAAUUUGUAGUGGUCAAGGAAUGACAUUCCAUGAGAGCAACAUUACUUUGCUUCACAUUUGACAUUAUAUGCCAUUUUGUUAAACAAUAGAAUGAAGUAAAAUAUCCUUCAUUUUGGGGUUAUCUAGAGGUCUGUUUCUGCUGCAUUAGUUUUAAUUACCAAUGACCAUCGGGCCAUAUGACAGAUUGUUUUUUUAAGGCACGUUGGGAGCAACAUUCUAACACCUGCAUGCCUACAAGGACCUGGAAUGCAUAUCACUGACUGGUUUAUUAGGUUCUAUAGUAAUGUGAGUUGUCCCCCUACUUUGAAAAUGCAUUCAACAUAUACCUUUGAUAUGCAUGUACUUCAAAGUAAUGUGUGGUUGCUGUGAAGGAGAAAAGUGUGCUCAUGACUAGCAUGGAUGUUUAACUUUUGCACAUUUGUAAAUGGGAAUGGUAGAGAGAGUUAUAUUAUAUCAAGCCUAUCCUUUUGAAUGAAAAUGGUACAUAAAUUGUCAGGAAUCCUACUAUCUUUAAAGUUGCAUGCAAUAUGUUAAAGUUGCAUGCAAUAUGUAACUUGAAAGCAAGUCUAAGAAGCGGUAGAUCUGUUCUGUGCUCUAUUUCUAUGCUUCCCGUUACUUUCGGUUUUGUUCACCAGUUCAAAGAAUUGUCCAUUUAAAGAAAUGUAGCCAAUUUAUUCAUUACUACAUUUAGCUAACAUUAGAUAGUUAAUCCAGAGAUUCUUACCUUUGCCUUGAUUUGGAAUUCUCGUCCAGGUAAUCAUGGCAUUUGUAGUUCUUUAUGAAAGCCACAUUAGCAGCUAAUUAGUGUUUCAUUUUGGGGGUAAAUGCAGGCUAGAUUGAUAAAAGUCAACCUUGUCCAAGAGAGAUUUACACAGUUAUCAAAACGUCACACCAUGGUAAGUCUACACAAACAUUAUUUGAAGUGUUUCUAAAAAUCCCCUAUGGGAAAAAUAAAUGGUUGAAAAACAAUUGAAACCAUUUCCCUGUUUGACCGCUAGGUUUCAUGGGUAUUAUGACUCGUACUGUGGUACUCUAUUGAGAGUGGUAUGUCAUUCUGAAAAUUACUCCAAAUGUAAUCAGAAGGUAGUGCUGUAAGGCGAACAAGCACUUAUCCUUGUGGUUCUUUAUUGUCAAUUAAUGUAGGAAAGGCUAUAUCAAAUUGCAAUGUUGAGAUUGACUAGGCCUAAAUAUAUCACUGCUUUUGUGAGAUACUGCUACUAUCAUACUGUUUGAAGAUUAUGAUGAUGAUGAUGACUUUCCGUCAUGGGUGUCCAAAUAUUCAAUAUUACAGACAUCAGAAUGUAUGAUAGACCACCUACUUAUACUACUGUAAGCCAGAGGACUGCAAAUCAUGCCCAGUGUUCACUGCUUGAGAAUAGUUGUUUAACUUGUGGAGUACUACAUACACAUCACAUACACUCCUAGGAAAAUAUUCAGCAGCACUAUUGGUUGAGUGCAAGAGCCAGGGAUGUAGCCUAGUAAACACUAAUAAAUUAACAUUGUCCAUAAGUGCUGAUCUAAAGUAGGUUUUGCUACAUAAGGUUUUAGGUUAGGUUAGGAUUGGAUUAAUCCACUAAAAUGACAAAACUGUCAUUUUAUAAGCUUGUGUGGCCAACUAAAAUACCCAUAGUCUUUGUGGAAUGCUUUUUGGUGUUUGGCAUGUUCCAAGUUGAUAUGCAAGAUUUUUAAAAAGUGGAAUGUCUAUUAAUAUCUACAAAGUAGGCUUUUAAGAGUGAUCGAGCACAAAGCAAAACAGAUGUGGAUCUGCAGAGUGAAUUGAGAGGGAAUUUGUUGGAUUGAAUUGAUAUAUCAUAUUCACUAUAGGUAUGUCUGUGAUCAGUUUGGUAAACAUAGAUCCCCCAUUCCUUUAACAAUGAGAAUAUACAGUAAUUUGUGUGUUAUAAGAAUUUUGAAAUUUGGGUAAAUUACUUGAUGAUUUAAAAGCUGGACGAUGUGUGAGAAAUUUGUAACAAAUGUUAAUAUGGUUUUCUCCUUUUUGGCAUUAAUUGUACACUAAUUGAGUGUAAAUGCUUUGCUACUGUAUGAGUAUAAGAUGUUGUAUGUCAAGUUAAGAGUCAAGCCAAGCGGCCGGUAGCCUAGCGGUUAAGAAGUUUGGACCAGUAACUGAAAGAUUUCUUGUUCAAAUCCCUGAGCCAACUAGGUGACAAAUGUGUCUGUGCCCUUGAGCAAGGCACUUAACCUUAAUUGUUCCUGAAAGUUGCUUUGGAUAAGAGUGUCUACUAAAUCAGGGGUACUUUUUCACUCAGGCCCCCCUUCCAGCAUUGGCAAAAAAUCUAGCAAAAUAUCGUUAGCUGACAUGGGUCAGUUGAUCUAGACAUUUCUGACAAGUUGUAAAUAGCUCUCUAAAGUAUGUCAUGAAUGACAUGACAAAAGGAAAACUGAUGAUGCACUCCCCAAUUUCGAUUUUGCACCUUGUGCAUUCUACUAUUACACUUUUCAAGAGUAAAUUGAAAGCCAGACUGAGUUCCCCCUGCCGACCCCUCGCCCCACAGUUUGGGACCCACUGUGCUACAUGACUAAGAAUGUAAAAUGUAAGUCUUCCACAGAGGAAUCUUUCAGGACAGAAAAGGAUGGCAUAGCAUGGAUCACUGAUUGUGCCGUACUCAUACCAAUGAAUUAAUAUAAUAAUGCUUCAUUUUUAUUAUUGAUUUAUUUUAAGAUUAAGAUUUCUGAGUGAUAUUCAGAUCUUACAAUGUUAUACAUACUUGCAAAAUGAUUGAACUUGAAUUUUAAAAAUGUAGAUAAAAGUUAUGUUUUUAAAAAGUA